GAUGGAGCAGCCCGGGGAGCCAAAGGAAACACUUUACAGUAAAGACCGAAUAUAAACCCAGUGUAGUUUCAGAUAUAAAAAGUUUAUGCUGUGACAAAUUGUUAAUGAAUAACUGAAUAUUAAUUGCAUUCUGGAGGGAAUUCCAAAUUGUUGUGCGAACUGCAAAAGGAGGGGAAAUUGUCUUUUUUGCACAUUUGUAAAGGGAUUUUUCACAUAAUGGGGAAUAUUGAGAGUGUGGACGAGCAACCAGAGAUGAAGCUCCAUAUUACGCCCUUAAAAGUACCAAUGCCAGACCCUAACGAACUGGAGGAGAGAUUUGCCCUGGUUUUGACCUCCAUGAACCUGCCCCCGGACAAAGCCAGGCUCCUGCGGCAGUAUGACAACGAGAAGAAGUGGGAUCUCAUCUGUGACCAGGAGCGGUUUCAAGUGAAGAACCCCCCUCACACCUACAUCCAGAAGUUGCAAGGGUAUUUGGACCCUGCUGUCACACGCAAGAAGUUCCGCCAACGCGUUCAGGAAUCCACCAAAGUACUGCGGGAGCUGGAGACCUCCCUCAGGACCAAUCACAUUGGGUGGGUUCGGGAAUUCCUCAAUGAUGAGAACAGAGGUCUGGACAUCCUCGUGGGGUACCUCUCUUUCGCCCAGUGCGCCGUCAUGUUGGAUUUUGAUGGGCUGGAGAAUGGGGAGGAGGGGCCAUUGGACAAGGCCAAAUCAUGGAGCAGGUCCAUUGAGGAUCUGCACCAGUGUGCUAAUCAGCCCCUUAGCAGCUCACUGGCUCACUCUGCAUGCCAGUCUGUCCACCGCUAUAACACAAUAACCAACAGCAAAACCAUCAAAAACUCCCGCCUAGUUAGCCAGAAAGAUGAUGUCCAUGUAUGCAUCAUGUGUCUGCGAGCUGUCAUGAACUACCAGUACGGCUUCAACAUGGUCAUGUCCCAUGCUCAUGCUGUCAAUGAAAUUGCUCUGAGUCUGAACAAUAAGAACUCAAGAACCAAGGCUCUGGUAUUGGAACUACUGGCCGCUGUGUGCCUUGUGAGGGGGGGGCAUGAGAUUAUCCUGUCCGCAUUUGACAGCUUCAAAGAGGUCUGCAAUGAGAAGCAUCGCUUCGAGAAGCUGCUGGAGUAUUUCCGCUCUGAGGAUGGAAACAUUGACUUCAUGGUCGCCUGCAUGCAGUUCAUCAACAUCGUUGUCCAUUCGGUUGAAGACAUGAACUUCCGUGUGCACCUGCAGUACGAGUUCACCAAGCUGGGACUGGACGACUUUCUGGAGAAGUGCAGACACACAGAGAGUGACAAGCUCUCAGUGCAGAUCCAGGCAUACCUGGACAACGUGUUUGACGUGGGGGGGCUGCUCGAGGAUGCCGAGACCAAGAAUGUGGCCCUGGAGAAGGUGGAGGAGCUGGAGGAGCACUUCUCUCAUGUGACAGAUAAGCUCUUGGAGGUGGAAAAUGAGACCAUGAUGAAGGUGGCCGACCUGGAAAAGCAACUCCUCCAGAAAGACAAGGUUCUGGCAGCCAUAAAGGAGACGUACGAGUUGGCCAGUUCUCAGGUCCACACCCUGAGGCAGAUGAUCCAGGAGAAGGAUGCGGUGUUCCAGCGGCAGUCUGACAUUGAGAAGCGUCUGCAGGAGCUGGAGCAUCAGGGCAGCAUCUGCCUAUGGAAGCAGCCCAACGGCGGUAUGGCCGCGGGUGGGGCUGUGGGACCAGUGGCAGGGGCAUUGGAGGGCGUGGAGCUGCCCAUGGUGGAAUCUCUCGCAACGGGCAUCCCCACGGAUGCUGAGCCCCCACCCCUGCCCCCACCACCACCACCUCCCCCUCCCUUACCCCCCUCGUCAGGGGAGUGCAUGCUCGUCCCACCCCCUCCCCCGUUGGCCCUGCCUCUUCCAGGAGCAUCGCCAUCUGUCAUUCUCAGUGUCGGCCUAUCAGCCAUCAGGAUAAAGAAGCCCAUUAAGACUAAGUUCCGUCUGCCUGUGUUCAACUGGACUGUGCUCAAACCCAACCAGAUCAAUGGCACUGUGUUCAACGAGAUCGACGAUGAGCGGGUCCUACAGGAACUGGACCUGGACAAAUUUGAGGAACUUUUCAAGACCCGAGCGCAGAACCCUGUGAUUGACCUGUCCUGCCCAAAGACUAAGGUGUCCCAGAAGGCCAUGAACAAGGUCACCCUGCUGGAUGUCAACCGCUCCAAGAACCUGGCCAUUACCCUGCGCAAAGCCAGCAAGAGCACCGAGGAGAUCUGCAAAGCCAUCCAGACGUUCGACCUGAUGGCGCUGCCAGUGGACUUUGUGGAGUGCCUGACACGUUUCCUGCCCACAGAGGCAGAGAGCAAGGCACUGCGGCAGUAUGAGCGUGAGCGACGGCCUCCCGAGCAGCUGGCCGAGGAGGACCGCUUCAUGCUACAUUUCAGCAAGAUCGAGCGGCUCACGCAGCGCAUGAGCAUCAUCACCUUCAUCGGGAACUUUGCCGAGAGCAUCGCCAUGCUCACGCCGCAACUCAAUGCCGUCAUCGCAGCGUCAGCCUCUGUGAAAUCUUCUCCCAAGCUGAAAAGAAUGCUUGAGAUUAUUCUAGCCUUGGGGAACUACAUGAACAGCAGUCGGAGAGGAGCAGUGUACGGCUUUAAGCUGCAAAGCCUGGACUUGCUGCUGGACACGAAGUCCACAGACAGGAAGCUCACCCUACUGCACUACAUCGCCCUGAUUGUGAGGGACAAGUAUCCUGGGCUUGCCAACUUCUACAAUGAGCUGCAUUUCAUCGACAAAGCUGCUGCAGUGUCCCUGGAGAAUGUGCUGCUGGAUGUGCGGGAGCUGGGCCGGGGGAUGGACCUAAUCCAGAGAGAGUGCAGUCAACACGACCACGCUGUGCUCAGGAGCUUCCUCCACACCAGCGAGCCACAGCUAGACAAACUACACAGGGAUGCCAAGACUGCCGAGGAGUCCUUCAGCAACGUGGUGUGCUAUUUUGGGGAGAGCGCCAAGACCACCCCUCCGUCAGUGUUCUUCCCUGUCUUUGUGCGCUUCAUCAAAGCCUACAAGGACGCAGUGGAGGAGAAUGAGCAGAGACAGAAGCAGGAGGAGGCCCUGCGGGAGAAACUUCUCGCCCAGGAGGCUAAGCAGCAGGACCCCAAGGUGCAGAAGAAGAGGCAGCAGCAGGAUCUGAUAGCAGAACUGCGCAGACGGCAGGCCAAGGAUCACCGUCCCGUUUAUGAGGGCAAGGAUGGAACCAUUGAGGACAUCAUCACAGUACUGAAGAGCGUGCCCUUUACGGCCCGGACUGCCAAACGGGGCUCGCGUUUCUUCUGUGAUGCCAAUCUCUGUGAUGAGUCCAACAGCUAGCCCCAUCCCCUGCUCCAUACCCCUAGUCCCAUGGCAGCCUUUCAAAACCCUGCAAGGUUGUCUGAUACUGUAAAAAAACUUUUACUCAAUGCAUGCCUUUAGAAUAUGCAUGCUCUCUGACACCCCCAUUACUAGUUCUUUCAGCUGGUCCCAGUGGUGGCAAGUUUUGCAUGCAUUUACUUCAUUUACCUGGGUAACUGUAAAUGAAGUCUAGCCAGACCUCUACACAGUUACAAAUUGCACUGAAGUAGUUAUUGGUCUAGAUUUGCUGAAGUGCAUACAGUCUCACCAUCUCAGACGUAUCUGCAUUGUAAUUUUACAUCUGUCAUGAAUGCAUCACCAGUUUGCUAGUGAAAAUAAUAUGAGAUAUUUUCAUUGAGAGAUAUAAGAGAAGUUUGAAGCUCUUAUCAUUUGAGGAAGGACUUGUCCUACCUGUCAGCAGGUACACAGUCUUUUUGUGGAAGAGGUUUGGCUGUUGUAGGCCAUUCACAGGGUCUCCCUCCAUAGAAACCAUGUCAUACUUGCUUCCCCUCCUACAUGGGGGCCUCUUGGUCUCUGCCUCUCACUAUUGGAUGCUGUGCUGUUGUAUUUGUUUGAAAUAGCGGGUUGUGUGAUAUUUGCUGCUUCAUAGAUGUCUGUAUGCAGGGUGACUGACUGAGCUACUGUAGCACCCUUUUACCAUUUAUGGUGCUAGAUAUUAAU